AUGCCACCAGAGUCUGCAUCACAAGGUCUGAGAGAACAUAGACCACCCCGAGCUUGUCAAUCAUGUCACACAGCUAAAGUCCGCUGCCGGAGAACUGCGAAUGAUCAGCCAUGUGUACGCUGUAGUCUGUCGGGUCGUCCGUGUAUACGCAUCGAGAACUCGAACAAAAGGCAGAAGCGAAAUGAUGGCAGAUCUUUGAGCGAGAUUGAGUCGAGCCUUGCUGCCUUAACGGAAAUCCUGCAACCUCGAGACAGGGAUACUUCUUCUGGCCAGCAUGUCAUCACUCCAGCAAGUACGACCGAGCCGAACGUCGCAAGGUCAAUCUAUGAGCUUUUCGAUCAAGAGACAGCAAGUCUGAUCUUCGAGCACUUCACAGAAAAUAUGCUCCAACACUUUCCGUUUAUGAUUUUUGGCCUGGAGGCGACUGCCGCAGAUGUGCUCAAAGAUACGCCUAUCCUCUUCCUGGCCAUUAUGGAUGCCGCAAGCGAUGGCUUUUGCGAGACCGACACUUCCCGAAAGCUUCGCAGACUCCUCGUCCGGACAUACUCCUCAACUCUGCUCGAGACCAGAAGACAUGAUGUCUCACUGCUGCAAGCCUAUGUCGUGACGGUGAUUUGGCACAGGGAUUCAGAGCCUUCACAAUCUGGACAGCAAUUGAAUGCUUUCCAGCUGAGUCAUGCAGCUGCAAACACUGCUAUGACCAUGGACCUAGGCAAAAGACUGAAAGAAUGGUCAGGAAUGGCAUCAAUACCAAUUCGGCUGCAUGGUACUCAAAAUCCGGCUUGCGACUACCAGGUUGGCAGUCUGGAGGUCAGGAGAAUAUGGCUGGCUUGCUACUACAUCUGCUCCCAUACUUCGUUAGCGUCACGGGCGCCCAACAUCUUGCGCUGGUCUCGAAACAUGGACGAGAGUCUCGAAGUGUUGGGGAAGUCUUUAGCCGGAUCCCCUUCUGACAAGGUGCUGUGCGCUUAUGUGAGGUUGCAACAUAUUGUCGAGGAUACGGAAGCACAGAUCUCCGCUUCUGUCCCGUCAAGUACUGCGACCGGAAUCGCAUACAGAGCUGCGAAGCGCCAGCUUGCAGAGUGGGCUUCCACAUCUCAUGUUUGGAAUGCAAUGACGUCCGAUUUAUCUGCCAAGCAGAGAGACAAUGUCAGAGUCGACACGAUCACUGUCAACCCAACUGAGUUUCAAGAUUGCCUGUCAGCUGCACACACCUUACUAGACACAUUCCUGUCCGUGGAAAUCACACUGAUACGCACACUACCUACAGUCUACUUUGUACAAUUCACACAUGCGGCGAUUGUGUUGGCCAAACUACAUUUCGCCGCAGCGCGGGCUUUCGUCGCUACGGAAGCAGCGAGUAGAAUCUCGGCGCUGGGGGUGGAGGACUAUUUGGAACGUGUGGUGCAGAAAUUCAGUGGUUGGGGUGCAUUGUGGCCUUUACAGAAGCUUUCCGAUACCUUCAAGCGGCUUCAGCAAUUGCUCAGGCAAUGUGGGGUCUCCGAGUCUGCUUCCGUAGCAUGGCUCGAUGUGUGGAUCUUAGAGUCAACUACAAGUGUGCCGAAUGACGCUCGAGCCAUCGUGGGAGAAGGAGUACCCGAAGAUCAACCCGAAUAUAUCGCAGAUGAGGCAAUGCUUUCUGUGGCUAAUGACGAUGUUUUAUAUCUUGAACGACGAACUGCCAUCUGCGAGUCUGGACGCUACACAACUGGUUGA